GCUGGGGCUGGAGGUUCCUACCCCCUCGGCGGCCCGCACCUGCCCCCCCGCGCCCGCCCCGAGCCCGCCCCGACUGGGCAGCCGGGGGCGCCGCCACUUCUCUCCCCCCGGGCGGGGGAGCCGGGGGGCAGCGCCGGAGCCCGGGGGGAGCCCCGCCGGCCAGCCGGCCAGGGCAGGGGGCAGCUAGGACGGCCCCGGUCCAGGUGGAGGCCGCAGAGGGCCCCAGGGCAAGCAGAGGCAGCAAUGGUUGGUCCUGACGGUGGCUGAGCCCCCAGCCCCUGGAAUAUGCAGCCCGGGGGAGCCCCAGGCAGCGGCAAGGACGCGGUGGCGGAGUGGGGCGGGAGGCAUGGUCUCCACCUACCGGGUGGCUGUGCUGGGGGCACGAGGCGUGGGCAAGAGUGCCAUCGUGCGCCAGUUCUUGUACAACGAGUUCAGCGAGGUCUGCGUGCCCACCACCGCCCGCCGCCUCUACCUGCCUGCUGUCGUCAUGAACGGCCACGUGCACGACCUCCAGAUCCUCGACUUCCCACCCAUCAGCGCCUUCCCUGUCAACACGCUGCAGGAGUGGGCAGAUGCCUGCUGCAGGGGACUCCGGAGCGUCCAUGCCUAUAUCCUUGUCUACGACAUCUGCUGCUUUGACAGCUUUGAGUACGUCAAGACCAUCCGCCAGCAGAUCCUGGAGACAAGGGUGAUCGGCACCUCGGAGACGCCCAUCAUCAUCGUGGGUAACAAGCGGGACCUGCAGCGCGGACGCGUGAUCCCACGCUGGAACGUGUCGCACCUGGUGCGCAAGACCUGGAAGUGCGGCUACGUGGAGUGCUCGGCCAAGUACAACUGGCACAUCCUGCUGCUCUUCAGCGAGCUGCUCAAGAGCGUCGGCUGCGCCCGCUGCAAGCACGUGCACGCCGCCCUGCGCUUCCAGGGCGCGCUGCGCCGCAACCGCUGCGCCAUCAUGUGAGGCCGGCGCGCCCCGCCGCCUGCAGGCCCGCGCCGGGGGCGGCUUCUCCGCGGGACUGCGGGGCGGGAGCGGGCAGCGGGCAGGAGCAGGACUCGGGUGGUCCGGGCCGGCAGCGCCCGCGCGGCCACGCACCUCCGCGAGAGAGUCCGGGUGAGAGGGAGCCCCCGGUAACUGCGCCGUCCUCCCCGCGGUUCCCCGUUUGUCCUCCCGGGACAGCCGCCUCCAGUGCUGUAGUUAGUGCAGUGCCCGGCCCGGCCCGAAGGGGCGCCACAGCCUUUUGGGAUUGGGGAUGAGCGUGUGAAAUAGGGGGUGGGGGAGGAGGUGCUGCCUUGGCCGGGCCCCCACCGGUCUUCUCCGGAGUGUGUCUGUCUGCACCCGCGUCUUCCUUUUCCGUGUCUGUCUGCCCCAAACGUCUGUCGGUCCUUACCUGUUUUAUCCACCCUCCACCCCGCUUCCGCCCCCAGCUCCGCGCACAGGGCUCUCAUUUCGUCCACCCCCUUGUCGCAGAUCCUGGCAGCUUCUUGGUGAGGCCAGGCCUCCUGACCGUCAGCACCACCGGCACAGGGCAGAGAGAUGCGGGUGGCCCAAGGACCACCAUCAAGGGGUCUGAGGGUUGAGGUGCCACAUCAGUCAGGGGGAGAAGGCUGAGCUCUCCCUCUUCCAGCGAGACCUCCCUGCCCAGCAGCCCCCAGAGACACAACAACCUACCUUCCAGCCUUAACUCGAUGGCCUAUCCCUGCUGAGUGCCCUUCACUCUCUUCCUGACCCCAAAACCAGAUUAUUCCUGGAUUAAAACUUUGUCCGUCCCCCCCCCUUUUUUCUGACAGAGUGUGGGAAGGGAAUCCCCCAAAGGAUAGAUUCCUUUCCAUGAUGCCGGGUUCCAGCCCUUUAUUCCCUCCUGCAGUGGGUGGUCUGCCAGACUGGGGGGUGUCCAGUUCUGGGGGCUGGUUGUGGGCAGGGUGGUACCCAGGAGGGGUUCAGGUUGUGCCGGUGAAGAUUCUGCCUCCCUGUCCCACCCCAAUCUGACUACCCCAGACUCUGCCUACCUCAGAUCUCGGAUUUCCCUGAUCAAUCUGGGGAGGAGCAGAGCCAAGAAAGGAAUUAUUGGGACCGCUGUGCUUUGGGGAGAUAUGCCUGCAUCCCCACCCAUAGAUGGAGGCCCUCAGGAUCUGACACCCCCUUGUCCCGACACCAGUUGGCCCUAUGCCCUAACUCACUCGCCCCAUUUUCUCCGGCUGCUUGGCCGGGUUUCUACCUCUCGUCACCGGAGCUGAUCACUGUCAGUUUUGUACCGAUUCAGAAAUAACAAUAAUAAUGAAGAUUCUAGGAACGGCCUGAGGGAUUGCUGGGGGACUUGGAGGGAGGGAGAAGUGGUGCCCUGUUCCCUGUCCCCACCCCCUGACCAAAGAAAGCUCUCCUGAGGCCGAGCCCUCAGCCUUGGUCUGGUGGGAGGAUAUCAGGGUCCCCUGUUAGAAGAGGGGUAGAGGGGACAACUCAGCCUUAGCCAACUUAGCCAAGGCUUCGGCACAUAGACCAGGAAAUCAGGUGGCCUAGGGCGGUGAUGGAGAGGAGUCUGGGCGAAGGGUCGAGGGUGGGGAAUUUAUCAUCGAGAUCCAACGUGGGAGGGAGUCUGCGAUUCUCUUUUGCUUCCCCAGCUGAUUCCCACUCCCUCCACCCACUGGGGGUAGUGCAGCCCUACAGUGACUGCCCUGACCUUGGACAGUCCAGUGUUCCCGGGUUCUAGUCCCUGCUGUGCUGCAUGACUUUGGGCAAGUGACCUGCCCUCUCUGAGCCUCCCUCUGAAACAGAGGAGGUGGCUCCCCUCCCCCACACGUUAGCGUGGCGGGGUGGGUAAGGAAGAGGGCCUGCUGCCCUUUGUCUCCUGCACCCCCAUCCCUGGGUCACCAGGGGGACGGGGUGAGGGAUGGCAGCAUCUCACAUGCCCAUCAUUCCCAGCUCUGAGGCACCUGAUGUGGGGGGGACACAGGCCUCUGGCUGCCCCCUGUGGGAGCCAUUGGAAUGUAUUGCCUGAUGGGCCCCCCUCACCCCUCAACUUCAACCCCGGUCUUGGGUUUCCAGCCCCUCCACCCCCAUUCUGAGUCUGUCCUUCCCUCCACCCUCCAGAGUUUCCCACCACAGGGUCUGGAAGCGUGUGUGACGCCCAUUGAUCUGUUAUCGGAAGUCAGAUUAA